AUGGAAUCAUUGAAAGCAGAUGAAGUAAAGCUGAAUCAAGAUCUCUGGCUUAUUCAAAUCAAGGAAGGCCUGCAAUUGCAGAGCGAGAAAGAAGAAGAAAUGGAUAUUCGUGUAUCAGUUUAUGGUGUGCCCAACGAGUUGUUGACGGUGAAGCCAGAAGCAUAUAUUCCGCAGUGCGUCUCCAUCGGACCAUAUCACCAUCGGAGAUCCCAAUUGUGUGAAAUGGAGAGAUAUAAAGUGGCUGCUGCACAAAUAUUUCAGAAAACCAUAACCGGUAAGUUCGAAGAUGUAGUGGAGGAGGUGAAAAAGUACGACUGGCAGAUCAGGAACUGCUACCACAAAUAUCUCGACUACAAGAAGGAAACGCUGGCAUGGCUUAUGGCUCUGGACGCCUCCUUCGCACUCGACUGCUUGCAGUUCCAAGUCCAACAGGCGGACCAGGCUUCUCUACGAUUGUCUUCUCAUGUCAAGCGACUGGGCAGAGUUUUAGAUCCAUCUGGCAGGAGCGCAAUCCACAAUGCCAUUAUGAGAGAUCUGAUGAUGCUAGAGAAUCAGUUACCUCUGUUUAUCUUGCAGAAGCUGCUGGAAAUGGAGUUGGGUUCUCAAGAUAGAGCGGAAGAAAGGAUCUGCAAUCUGCUGACUCUCGCCUGUAAGCAAUGGUCGCCAUUUAUGUUGAAGAUGCAGGAUAGUUCAAGGCUACGUAUAAAAGAGAGGGGCCACAUAUUGGAGGUGCUCUACUACUCUAUUGUCCCUGCCCCAGCCAUGGAGGAUAGCAUUUCUAAGAAGAAUGAGAACGGGAAUGUCCCGUUGGCGGAUUCGACGUACUUAAUGCGUGCCCUGAAAGCUAUAUGGAAGGCUCUCUCCUCCAUACAAAUCGGCCUCGUUGAACUUGUCUCGGCACUCUCUGAGCGUGUGUUAAAAGAAAGGCCUGUCCAGUUGGUUACACAGUUGUCAAAGAAUCUUGUUUCCGCUUUCGAAACUCUUUCAAUUAAGCGCAGAGAUGAAACAGAUGACGAAAAAGAUGAAGAGACAGGGUUUCCCUCUGCGGAAACUCCUCCUACACGCGACGAACUAGCGAUUCCCUCCGUCUCCGAUUUAUACUCAGCAGGAGUAAAAUUCCUUCCAACCGAGGGAGACCUUACCACAAUUCGCUUCGACCCGAACACUGCAACGCUUUAUCUUCCCAAAGUGAGGUUGGAUUGCAACACAGAAGUAGUUCUCAGAAAUCUGGUGGCGUUCGAAGCUUCCGCGGCUCCUGGUGCUUUGAUCUUCACUCGCUACACUGAUUUCAUGAACGGCAUCAUCGACACAGUCGAAGAUGUUGGGCUGCUGAGAAAGAGCGGGAUUAUCUACAGUCACCUGGCAGACGACGGGAAAGUGGCAAGCUUGUGGAACGGCUUGGGUAAAUGCGUGAAAUUGACGAAAGUACAACAUUUAGAUCAAGUUAUAGCGGAUGUUAACAAGCAUUAUCACAAGAGAUGGAGCGUUGCUGUUAAGGAAAAGAUAAACAGAUACAUAUUUGGCUCAUGGAGGCUCCUCACUGUUGUGGCCGCAGGGAUACUUUUGCUUCUGACUUGCUUAGAAGCUUUUUGUUCUGUGUAUGAGUGUAAGCAUUGGUGGAGCGACACUAGUCUUUUGCAGGACUAA